AUGACAACCAAUACAAUAACUAAUGUGGAAACGUUAUCAGCAAAGCAAACUAACAAUACGUCAAAGUCAAACAGUUCAACUACAAACACAAGUUUAAAUUUAGCAAAAAUUAUUGCUCAAGGCCGCAAUUCAAGCGACGACUGGAAUAGUUUGUUAAUAUGGGCAAGAAAACAGCGAGGUCCAUAUUAUGAUCCGACUACACGCAUGUACCAUGUUAGCCAUAAUACGAAAAGAUAUUUUGCAGGAUAUACCGAACAGGACGCUGAAGCUGAAGACGCUACGACAGUUAGUCAGCACAAAGUAAACAGUAAUAAUCAGUUUAAACCCAUUGCCUCGAUACACAACAGUGAAAUUAUCACUAAAGAUAUCAUACAACUCGGAAAUCACAUGUCUAAUCGAGUUCCAUCGAACGCUGGACGUCGUCCUGGUCGGCCAAGGUAUAAAAAAUAA